UUCACUGAAUGGAAAUCAAUAACCAAUCGCCUAACCAAUCGGAAAGGGUCAUCGGUACGAGGCUCGAGCACAUGUGGAAAGCAAGAUGGCGGACGAAAGUGAACUUGAACUAGAAAAGCGUCUUGCCGACCAUUCAGCGUAUUUUAACUCGUUGAUCGAGUUGAUACCAAUCAAACAUUAUCUUCCAGUUGAUGAUGAAGAACAAGAGAACAAGUUUCAUAAGAAUCGUCAGAAGAAAGCUCCCAAACAGAGUAUAAAAGAGGCGUCAAGGAAAGCUAAACGUGCAAGACUUGAUCCGAACCAGCACAAAACCAUUCAUGAAAUACAGAAGGAAACAGCGGAAAACGAGACAAAUACAAACCACAGUGAGCAGAAUAAAGACAGUAAAUUACCGAAGGCUAGCUUUAGUGUUGAAAAGGUUGAAAGCGGUAAUCUCGAUGAACUCAGAUCUCGUCUCCAUGCGAGAAUUCAAGAUUUUCAGAGAAAACGUAAAGCAGAAAACGGGAAGGGAACCGAACAGCAACCUCGAAAGAAGAAAUCGAAGAAGGAGGUCAAAGAGAGAAAUCAGAAAAUUGGUUCUUCAUUUAAGGACUCCAAGGGUUUUGGAAAACCAGACUCCUCACCGAACAGCAAAAUACUGAACGAUAGUGGAGAAGUUGUCUUUAGUAAAUUUGAUUUCUUGGAAGCUAAGAAAGAACCUCGACCAGGGACCAAGGUGAAAAACUACUCUAAGUUACUGGCAAAAGCUGAAGCUCGAAAGAAAAAGCUAGAGACGUUAGUCAAGGAAGACGUAGAGAAAGCUAAGGAGUUCAAGGAGAAACAUUCCUGGAGUCAAGCGAUUGAAAAAGCAGCAGGAAUAAAGCAACAUGAUGACCCUAAACUUUUAAAGAAGGCUAUGAAAAAGAGAGAGAAGGUGAAAACGAAGAGCAAAAAGCAGUGGAAAGAGAGGAUUGAACAUCAAAAGAAACAGGCUGAGGACAAACAGAAACAGAGACAGAAAAACAUCAAAGAAAGGAUUGAAGCCAAGAGAGGAAAGAAAAGUGGAAAAGGAACGAAAAAGCAUAGACCUGGAUUCUAGCUUGAGUAAGAGAGAAAUCACUAUUAAUAUGUCGUAUAAAUAAGAUCAAGCUGGUAAUCUUCUGUUGACAGGAAGAUUGUCUGUCUUAAAUUAAGAAAGGUUUAGAAGAGACAAGUUGAUGAAAGUGGCAUGUGCCAAAACCCAAAACAGCAACACUACUGAAAAUAUGAAAUAAACCAAACAAGCAAAAUGGCUGAAACAAAACUGCCAAAAACUGAAACAAGCAACUGAUAAUGAACAUGUAGUUACUAGUUUGCACUCUGGUUAGCUUGUUUACAGUGAGCAGUUGUCUUUGUUUUGGGUUUUGUUAUUUUAAACAUGCUAACAAAAGUCCGUGCACGUGGGAAAAUGAAAUGGAACAAGGAAAUUCAUGUAGGAACAUGAAGCAGGAACUAUUUCAUGUCAUCUUCCUCAAGGGGGCUGGUAAUUUAUUCCUUUCAUACCUUCACACUAAUUAGUUAGUGUGUUUGAGGGCAUUCCACAUGCAUUCCAUACCAAAGAUACACAAAGGUUUUCAUUCAAGCCCAAUAAAUGUACAGGCUUGAAAAAUAUCGUAUGUCCAAGUAGGUCAUUGAUUUUCACAUAUUGGCAUGCGUAAAAGGUUACAAUUCCACACCAGAAUGCUGAAUGCUUUUGAACAGCCCACACCAGAUGACAGUACCAUUUUUAUUCAACGUUUGUCCAGGAGAAUGCUCAUAUCAGUUCAAACCCAAAAGUUGCAUGUAGUCCUAACAGCUGCAUCUGAGAGUUGAGAGAUAAAUGUUUUACUUCAGGGAAAACCAAAAGGAUUCCUUUACAGUUUAAUCAAGCACCUUGAUUUUUUUUUUUUGUGGUUGGAAGGUUGGACAUUGUAGCAUAUUUGCCUUCUCACAUCAAUAUAGGGGCUGUUUGCUAUGGAAUAAAGAAAUGUGGGGCCUUCGAA